GUUCAUGGGUGAAACGCCUUGAGCAAGCACCUACCCCUCCCCACUGCUUCAAGUGUGAUCAUUGUGUGUAUGAGCGGAUGAAUUACAUGCAGAAAACAACUUUCCCCAUGACUGAUAAAAUAAAGAAUAAUAAAUACAAUAUGCCUUCUUAAACAAAAGAGGUGUAAUUCCUCCCACGGGAAUGCAAGUACUAGUUUAGAAGUUGUGUGACUGAUGGAUCAUUUUCCCUAAUUAUUAUUAAUGACUUAAAGUUACAGAUAUUAAGGUAUCAUAAAACUUUGUAGACAAAAUAAUUUUGGCAGAUACUGAUGAUUAUGCUUUACUGUAAUAUAAAUAACUGCAGUAAGGAUAUCAUAAACGUGUGUUUUUUAAUAGGUUCUAGUUUUAUGUUUGCCAACCUGAUUUAAAAUAAUUCCCCAAAAGGAAAGAAUUUGUAAUUGCUCACGUUGAGACGUUUAUUAAUUUUGUAAUAUUUUUGUCUUUUUUUUAACCAGUAUCCGCAUGUUAUGCGUUUUAAGUUGUUUCGUAAAAAAAAAAAAAAAAAAAAAAAAACAGUCAAAGUUUAACGGAGGCUCUCGAGCCGAUCCGCCGUCAUCAUUCCGCUCUCGCGCUGCCUCCUUGUGGCGACGCCGUUUAAACGCACUUGUGGUUGCUACGGGCGACCGACAACAGACAGCUUUCAUAGCAACCAGCUCAAAGACGAAGUCCACAACACGGUAUCGGAAACAUUUUUGCACUAUUGUUUAGUUUGCUUUACAGAGGCUUUUAGUCAAGCAGCGCAGGAAGAUGUCGGAUAUUACUGAUGUGGGCUGGGACGAGCGCUACGCUAUCCCCGAACUCAACGCGGAAAACAAGGCUCUGAUGGAGGAGAUUCGCAAAAAAGAGAAGGAGCUGGUGCAGCUGGAAAACAAACUUGAAAGUAACAAGGAGCACAAGGAGUUGAUGGCAGAACUCUACAAAAGAGCGAAGCAAGAGUUGAAUAGCACUGAGGCUCUGUGCAAGGCAAAGGAAAGAGAGGAAGAGUUGGAGAAACACCUGACAGCCCUCACGGAGAGAGAAGCAAACCGGCUGGCUCAAGAGACUGCUAAGAUGAAGAAUGAACACAGAUCUUUCGCAGAGAGGAAAGACAUGCUAGAGAACCACAUCUUCAAGGCCAAGCAGAAGCUGGAAGAUUUUAAGCACCAGAUGAAAUGGGACCAGCAGACCAUGGAUGCCUUUUUGGAGGAGUCAGCGUGCAAAGAUGAGGACAUAAUGACCAUCAUCAAGUAUGCUCAGCAAGAUGAGCAGAGGAUCAAGUCACUCACUCUGGCUAUAGAGAAGACGACACUGGAGGUCAACGAGAAGCGCAAAUUGCUUGACAAAGAGUUGACUGAGACGCUAUCUGCACAGAUUGCUUUGGAUAAGACUACAGAGAAUUUGCAGCAGGCUCACUUGGAGACGCAGCAGCUCAUCCACCAAUGGGAGAACACCAUCAAGCAGAUGAAGCAGCGAGACGCUGAGAUGCAGCAGUGUGCACUGCAACUUGCCAAGGCCAACCAGGACAUCAGGGAAAGGAAUGCCACCGUUGCAGAAAAGAAACAUUUGCUCGAAACCCAGAGGAACAACAACAAGGAAACUGAGAGGAAGAUAGCCGUAGCCAACCGCCAGGCAGUGAAACUGCGGCGGAACCUGAAGGAGCGGGAGAAUGACUGCAGCAGGCUUCGUGAUGAGCUGAGUAGUUUGCAAGGCACACUGGACAGGACGACCUACGAUGUGGAGUCUCUGACGUCCAACAUAUCCCUGAUGAAGAAGAACAUCCAGGACAAUGAUAAAAAGCUCGAGGAGGCCCGGGCCUACAAUGCUGCGCUGGAGGAGAAGCUGCAGGUUGUGACUCAGACCACUCUUACUGAGGAGGAGAGAGCUGCACAGAUGGAGCAGCUGCUCAAGGAGGAGGAGCAGGCCGUCAAGGAGUUGGAUGUCCAGUUGCGUGACUACAUGCAGGAGCUCUUUCGACACAGAGAGUAUCUGCAGGCUGUUAAGACGAAGGAGAAGGAUUUCAUCGCACAGGUGUCGAAGAGCAAAUCCACCUUGAAAUACCUGAACAGCCAGAUCGAAAAGCUGGAGAAGGAUUUGCGAAAAAAGCAGGAGACCGUGAUUAAACAGGACUUGGAGAUAUCUCAGCUGAGCGGAAAGCUGGCGCGGCUACAGGGCGACCUGAAAUCAGAUGAAAAACAAGUGAUGGACGCGAAGAUUGCUGAGCUGACCAAAGUCCUAGAGGAGAAAAAAAACACAGCCAAAAUGCUUACCAACACGCUCAAGGAAUCUGAGGAUGAUAUUCGUUAUAUGCGUAAAGAAAUGGAGAAGUUAAACGCUAAGAAGGGAGAUCUAGCUGGGAAGGUGGAGGAGCUCGUACUGCUCUGUAACACCAAUGAAAAGGAGCUGAAGAGCCUCGCAGCGAAGAAGCAGGAAAACAUGGUGGAGCACAAAAUCAUGAAGAUGAGGGUCAAGCGUGUCAGGGACAUGCUGUACAACAAGGCGGACAGCGUGCUGUCCUUGGAGACGAGGAAACUGGAGAUGCAGAAAGCCAUAAAAGAGAGAGAGGACGAAAUCAAGAUUUACAAAGAAAUGCUCAGUCAGCAGCUGAAGAUCAGCGAGCAGGAGAGACAGAGGCUCAGCGCUGAACUCAAUGAGAAACUGCUCAAAAUCGACCUGAUGAAGAAACGCUACGAGGUUGUGACAUUUUCAAUGGCGGCUCCUGAGGGGGAAGAGGAGAGGUCCCAGGCUUACUACAUCACAAAGGCUGCACAAGAGAAAGAGGAGCUUAAGCGGAAAGGCGAUAGCUUGGACGCCAAAAUCCGCAAGAUGGUUCUGGAAAACAAAGCUCUGGAGAACACCAUCCAGCUGUUCAACAACAGUAACUCUGAGUUUCGCAAAUCUCUCCAGAAAGUAAAUGAAUCCAGUCCAGAGUACCAGGAAAAACUGAAGCUGGAAGAGCAACUGAGGGCAGUUGAGGAAACACUUAAAUAUAAGAAACGACAGGCGGCAGAGCUUCAACAGGACUUACAGGACAUGAACAAUAGCCUGCAGAGUCUGUUCCAAGAAGAGCAGCUGGAGAAAGAUAAGAUGAAACAAAAGGAGCUGCUCAUCAGCAAUCUGAAGAAAGAAAUCUCCGCCCAGCAAGAGAAAAUCAACAGAGCCACUAAACAGUGCACCAAGCUCACCAAAGAGAUCCGCUCAGCACAGAACAGCAGCACGGAGGUUUUUGAAGAGAAGGACAUUAAGCUGAGGGAGUUGAAAGAGUUCAACAAGAAAAUUGACAGGAUGCUGAAUGAGGCCAUGGAGCAAUCACCUGAACUCAGACCGGUGCUGGAGAAAUACUUCCUGCAGGCCAAUCUGUCUCUUCCGCCUCCUCCUUCCACUCCUGCCAGUCACCGCAGCUCAAAGACAAGUUCUGCCUGCAGCUCCGCCUCUCUCAGGUCUCCUCAGUCCUCAGCCAGCAGCAGCCCCAGGGCCUCCGCUCUUCCCUCCCCCACGCUGAAGACAGUGGAGCUGGGCUUGGAUCUGACUGCGCCCUCCCCACCUCUCACCACCUCCAGAUGUUCCAGCUCUGCCAGCAGCGGUGGCAGCAGCAGAAAGUCAAAGACGCUACAGAGGAAAUGAUGGAGGAUUAUCUAGUUAAGAUUUAGAUGAUUCAGAGUUCAGGGUCCUUUGUGUGUGUGGCGUCAUUCUGAAUUCUGAUCAAGUUGUAUACAUUAUAUAGUCUGAUAUAAUCUUUUCCCACUUUUCCUUUUUUAAUCUUUUCGUUUAUAAAUAUAAUUGGUAGCAGAAAAAAAUCUUCUAGCUAUUGUUUGUCUGUGGGAUUUGGUUUUAAGUGUGUUAAGCUAAAUUAACCUAUUACUAGAAGCAGAACAUCUCUUUACCUCCUACCUUUCCUGACAGAGAUGAUCACUGAAUGAUUCUCAGAGUAAUAAAUGAUAUGAAUCUAUCUCUAUAUCAGAGUUCCGCUUGGUUUCUUGGAGCGUGGCGAACUUUCAGUUCACUAACGAAAAGCCCAGCCUCGCAAUUUUCAUGCUCGACAGCCUCCUCAAAUUUCCCUGUCAGGUUUGUUUUGCCCUUGUUCUCCGGCUUGUGUUUCUGGCUCAGACAAUUCUUCUAAGAAAGUUCGCAUUGUUUCUGACACGCCACGCCCUCCCCUCUGUGCGACGGUCCCAUUUCUCACACGGAGAAAACAAGCAGUCGGACGCUCAGCAGGUGAAGAAGGAAGCUCUUCUCGUGAUAGAUUUCACUCUUAUUUGGGAAUAAAACGUCAACAUGCUGCUGCUGGUCUUGUUUGCCGGGUGUCUGGCCUCGUGUGCCGCGCAAACAACUUCCUUCUCUACCUCGACAACCACUACCCUUGCACCUGCUUCCCCUACACCAAUCAUGGAGGGAACAUCAGUACAGCCCGUGCCUAAUUUAGACACUGUGGCAAUCCUGGAGGCAGCUGUCCUGUCUUAUCUUGAGCUCAACGAGACCACACUCCCUGCGGUCUUGGCCGAGGUCGAGGCCCUGUUACAGAUUUACGGACCAGAGGCCGCCUUCUCUCUGUCUGUGAAGAAAAUCACACAAAAGUCUGAAGCCUCACAAGCCUCUCACUGAACGCUUCAGUUCUGACUACAGAACCGUCGUCUCUGAAGAAAUUAAUCCAUCUGUGUAUUUUUACUUUUUUUUUUUCUUUUCUAGAUUAUUCUCAAGGUGGUGAAUUUAAUGGUCUUUAUUUGAAGAAAACAAACUGAGAAUGGACCUGUUGUAGAAAAAUACCUAAAUGAUAUUGUUACGGCCCCUAGUGCCGCUGUAGUCGUUGUGUGGAAUAAUGUUUCCAUGACAGAGGUAAGUAGAAACGCGUGUAGCUGAGGUCAAACUUAAUUUGAGGGAAAACACUACAGGUGGUGGAGGUCUGAAUUGUUUUAUUUUUUGUUGGCUAAACUAAGUUUUUUUGGAUGUCUCAUCCAGCGUUUCUCAGUCACUUUGGUACAUAUCUCGAAUCAUUCUCAACAUUUGCAAAAACAGUAAGUGCCUUUUUCAAAACAAUUCAUACAAAUAGCAAAAACAAAAAACAAAAAAACUGUCUCUUUCUCAAAAUCCACGGUCCAUCUCUCAAAAGUAAAUAUCUGUGUCAAUGAACGUGUCAGUGCCAUCAGAAUGACAAGUCCUUGUGCCACUAUGUACGGGUUAGACAGUCAGAUUGCAAGUCAUGUUGUCAAUAUAACAGUGGAGUUAUGAUGUAAACUAUGGCUUAAGUUUUAAUGACAGUUAUUGUAACUUACACCACAGAGUAUGUGGGAAAUUGAUUACAAGAGACUGGACAAGAUUCACAUUUGCGCUUUAACUGUUCGUACUGUAGUUUGUUGACAGAUCAUAUCAUUGCGAUACAGAAAGGAAAAGACAGCACUCCAUAGCACAAAGAAAAAAAAAAAGAAGCAGAAAUGUGAACAUAGGACAACUAGUUGAUGGUUCAUGAGAUGCACCUUUGUUAGAGAAAGUCAAGAUUCACAAUCCAGCAGUUUAGCAAUUAAGGACAGAUUGACAUAUUAUGGCAACUUGUCCAAACAUUUUGCAUGAAAAGACUUGAAUACAAUGAACUAAUGUCUAAAUCUUGUGGGGCUGAGACUAUUUAACAGAGACACAUUAUAAUACAUUUUGAUCAACAUGUCAUAAGCAAUUGAUAAUGUAGGAAACAGCAACAACAACAACAAAAAAAAUGUACAUCAUUUACAUGGAUGUACCAAAGCAUUGUUCAAAGGACUGAGAAACUGCUUUUUUUGAUGUGCACAAGUGACACAAUAAUGUGAGGAUUGAACAGGUAGUUUUGAGAAUUUCAACUCUGAUCUGAGAAAUGAACCAAAGCUACUGAGAAAAACUGCAAAAGGAAGGAAAAUCCCUUUUUGCCACAUUUAUGGGAAUAAAAUGUCAAAUAAAUCAGCAGACAGACGUGAUAUGAUCAAACUCAUCUGUGACUAAGUUGUGAGUAGAGAAGGAUUUGAGAAGUGGAGAUAUCUGGCUCAGCAUAUGAGGAAAAACUCAUGUUUUCUCUGUAUUUAUCUAAUGCUUUUGGUGUUCCAUGUUUUUAUUCAGACUUUAUGAAUUCAUGUCUAAAUAUGUAACUAAGGUAUUCUCUAAUCAGAUCUGUGCUAACUGACAGACAUGUCAUGGAUCAAUGCGUUGUGAAAUUCAAUAAAAGUGAUGCAGAGAAA